AUGCUUUUAAUUCCAUGGCUUCUUUUUGCUAUAGCCAGUACCCACUUCGCUAGUACUAGCGGCCAACAGUACGGCCCAAUCCCUCAGAUCAACCCGAACCACCCAAUCAGUCCGCUAACCCAAAAUCGACCGGGAUUUGGCUCUCAAAGCGGACAAAACGGACAAUUCGGGCAAAACGGGCAAAACGGACAAUUCGGGCAAAGCGGACAAAACAGCCGCUCCCAAAUCAGCCCAAACAACCCCUUUGGCCCAACUCCAAACAAAAAUGGCCAAAUUGGCUCAUCGAUCAAUCUCAACCCUCAAAACUCGAAGCCAGGCCAGCUGGGACAGUCUGGCACACCCAAUCGACAAUUUGCUUUGUCUGGUGUACAAGGCGGACAAUUCUCAAAUAAUGGUGCACAAGGUGGUACCAAUGUGCAGAGUAACAACCCAAACUUUCAUGGUCAACCCGCGGGGCUUAAUCGACCAGGAUUUGAUCAGAAUCGACCAAACUCUAAUCAAAAUCAACCACUUUUUGGCCAACUUCAACAGAAUCCCAAAGUCCAACUUCAGAAUCAACGAAAUGUGAAUCCACAAGGUGCUGCCAUUAAUAAACAAACCUUGCUCAGGCCGGGAGCUAUGUACGAUCGAAUGGGCGCGGGUGGUAAUACUGGCAAUUUUGGUGGAAAUUUGGUGUCGGUUAGCAAUUCUCCAGGCAUUUUUAUCAAUCCUAAUAGGGUAGGUCGUCAAAAAUCAAAUUUAAAAAUUUGGAAGUUGGGUGGAAGAUUUGUAAUGUAUUUUGCACUGAAAAUUUUCCACCAAACUUCCAUUUUUAAAAAGACUUAAAAUUGCCAAAAAUGGAAUUUUUGUCACUUUUUAGUAGUGGAAGUUGAGUGGAAGAUUUGUAAUGUAUUUUGCACUGAAAAUCUUCCGCUGGACAUCCAUUUCAAAUAUGUCUUAAAAUGACUUAAAAACGCGUUUUUGACACUUUUUAGCCGUGGAAGUUGGGUGAAACAUUUUCAGUGCAAAAUACAUUACAAAUCUUCCACUCAGCUUCCAUUUUUUCAACUUUAUGUUUUUUGGUUAAAAAUUUGUUUUUUAAGCUGAAAAUUAGCAUUUUUAAAGAUUUUUUAUUGUAAAAUACGUUAACUUCAUUUUUUUUUAAAUAAAAAAAAAAGUUUUAAAAAAUUCUUUUUUUUUGCACCCUAAGGCCUUUUUUCCUUUCUAAUGUCCAUUUAAUGAAUCACAACACGGAAAAGCCAUUAUACAACCAUGGAAUCAAUAAAAACGAUGACUAAUUUUAGGGGAAUCGUCUUAGUCCAGGUGCAGUGCUAAACCUUCAGCUCACUGGCUAUAUCAAUGAGAAUAAGGCCAUGAGGGAUGGUAAAACAUGCUACUGUCCUCGAGAAGAGUGCACAAUACUGGAGAAUGUGCUACAUCCAUGCUACUUUACGUUUACUAUUGUUGUUUCGCAGAAUGGGUAAGUAUGAUAGGACAGGGUAGGGUAAAGUAAGACAGGGUAAAUAAUAAUGACAAGAACUUUCUUUACAAAACAAAAAAAUGCAAGAACUUUCUUUUCAAAGCUCAAAAUAACAAAAACUUUUUCUACAGGCAUAAAAUGGCAAGAACUUUUUUACAAAACAAAAAAUUGCAAGAACUUUCUUUACAGAACAAAAAAUGGCAAGGACUUUCUUUAGAAAUUGAAAAACGGCAGGAACUUUCUUUACAAAACUAAAAAUGGCAAAAACUUUCUUUCCAAGCUAAAAAACUCUCUAGUUUAAAAACUUUUCAGUGGAGAACCAGCCCAGUACAUAUCAAAGCAGUUUGUCAUCAUUAAUAACACUGGACUGCCAAUGGAGAACAGUGGCGAUUGGAUGGCUCCGGUCUCGAUUCAAACUGCUUUUAAGCCUGUAAGUUUGAUUUUACAAUUGGCUUUUUAUAAAAAAGUCAUGAUGACACAUUUUUUGGAGUUAAAGACGACACAUUUUUGAAUUUUAAAGUUUUUUGAUGACACAUUUUGUGGAAAAAGAUGACAUAUUUUAUAAACUUGGAGAUGACACUUUUUUUUGAAAUAAUUGAUGACACAUUUUUUUGGAAGUAAGGAUGACUUAUUUUUUGAACAUAAGUACGACCUAUUUUUUAAACUUAAAGAUGACAUAUUUUUUGGAUAUAAAGAUGACACAUUUUAUAAACACUAAGAUGACACAUUUUCUGUAAUUUCAGUCAACAAUCGAUGUCUUUGUGAAUAACUUGGGUCCCGUCAUCCAAGGUCGACAGGUCGUUUACCUCAACGAAUUCUGGCUGGUCGAUAGUUUUGCGUUGGAUUUGGACGAUUAUCGACCGACUAUCGCCAAUCAACAACCACAGCCGGUUGUCACAAAACUCACCGGAAGUGUGGUGAGAUCACAGUAAGUUUGAGGGGGCAGAAACUUUGUUUACAGGGUAAAAAAUGGCAAGAACUUUCUUUACAAAAUGUAAAAUGGCAAGAAAUUUCUUUACAAAGCAUAUAAUGAUAAAACCUUUUGUACUUUUUGUUAUAGGACUAUUUUGGUAAGUACUCUAACAGUACCAUCUUCUAGGCUCGAGCUACAGUACGCAGUAUCGUGUCAGUCUUCCUUCCUCGGUGAAAACUGUGAUUUACAAUGUAAACCCAUAAGCACUGGCCCAGGCAAAGCUAUCUGCACCUCCAGGCUAACCAACAUCUCCUCAGUCUGUACCUAUGACAAUAGCCGCGCCAACGUCGAGAACUGUACUCAAUGUGGCCUGGGUGUUAUGAAUGAUGCUUGUGCCGACCUGGCUGACAUCACUCGUCGCGAGGUUGGAGUGAGUUCGGCCUACAAGGUCUGGACUAUCAUCCUCGGAGUACUGUGUGGACUACUCCUUAUCUUCUUUAUCAUACUGUUGAUACUGUACAUUUGUGCACUGAAGCGACGAGCUACCGAGCCGAGGGAGAGGCAGAGAAUAUAUCAGCAACAGAUCAGGAAUCGACCGAUAGUCAGUAAUCCAUUGUUGGAAAGCGAAUGGAACAAGCCGAGAGAACCGUAUGCCUUGAGACAACCACCCGUUGAUGAUACUAGUAUUCAAAAUGAAGUAAGGAUGGGUUAAAUGGGUAAAUUAAGAUAGAUAAGGGUUCAGAUAGCUGAGAAAUGUUUAGAGUGAGGGUGGAGAAAGAGCUUACGACUGAUGUAAGUACUGUAGCUUGAGUAGUAUUAACCGGCAAUCUGUAGUUGGAAUACUGUAGCGUAAAUAACAUAGAUGUAAGUACUGUAGUUGAGAUAUGUUGGUACUGUAGUACAUAUGUGGGUAAUCUAAUUGAGGUAUCGUAUCUUAAGUAACAUAGAUGGAAGUACCGUAUUUGGAAGUACUGCAGCUUGAGUCAUAUAGACGGAGAUUUGGUACUGUAGUACAGAUGUGGGUAAUGUAAAUGGGGUAUUGUAGCUUAAGUAAUAUAGACGUAAGUACUGUAGUUGGAGCUUGAGUAGUAUAGGGCACUAAAAGUGGGAUGAGUUCAGUAUGAAUACUGUAUCUUAAGUAAUAUUAUUGGGAUACUGUAGAUAGAAUACUGUAGUUGAUACAGAGUAGGUUAGAGUAGUUAGGGUAGGGUAAGGUAGGGUAGGGUAGGGUAGGGUAGGGUAGGGUAGAGUAGGGUAGGGUAGUGCACAAUUAGUUAAUUUUUGUUUUUUUAGCCAAUCCCGGGUGUCUACGAGUACAGUCAACCACCUCGACGUGAAGCUCAAGUGUAA